AAAGGAGGAGUUUGCAGCACAGAGGCGCUUAUACCCCAACUGGCCUGAAUAAACUGAGACCUCUAGCAGAGACUGUGUGAUCCGGGACAGUAGACUGGCCUCUCUAACUAUUUGAAUUGUUUCUACAGGACGAGCUGAUAAAAACUGGCAACAUGGCUGUGGCGGGCUGCACGAAAUGCAUUAAAUACAUGUUAUUUUUCUUUAAUUUUAUUUUCUGGCUGGCUGGAGGUGUGAUCUUAGGAGUGGCCCUAUGGCUCCGCCAUGACAGUCGAACCAGCAGCCUCCUCAUACUUCAGUUUGAAGGCCACCAGGCACCAGGCACCUUCUACAUCAGUGUGUACAUACUGAUAGCUGUUGGGGCUGUGAUGAUGCUUGUGGGCUUCCUCGGAUGUUACGGUGCCAUUCAGGAAUCUCAGUGCCUGUUGGGAACAUUCUUCUUCUUUUUGGUGAUCCUCUUUGCUUGUGAAGUGGCUGCAGCAAUCUGGGGUUUCAUGAACAGGGACACAAUCUCCAAAGAACUGAUCAACUUCUACGACUCUGCAUACAUCAAAGCUGUGGACGUCUCAGGGUCUCCCAGUAAAGACUCUGCCAUCAAGGUGCUGGAUGUUUUCCACCAGACGCUCGACUGCUGUGGUAAAGGAGACGACACUGCUCUCUUCAAACAAGUCAUCGGCACCUUGUGUCCCAGAAAGUCUCUAGAAGAUUUUCUGAAAUCUCAGAGCUGUCAUGAUAAGCUGAUCGAGCUGUUCUCGGAGAAGCUCUACCUGAUUGGUCUGGCUGCCUUGGUGGUUGCUGUCAUCAUGAUUUUCGAGAUGAUCUUCACCAUGGUGCUCUGUUGUGGGAUCCGUAACAGCCCUGGAGUUUACUAGGCGUCACAUCAGUCCACAUCAGCCUAUAAUGGAAUUAUUUUAUUAUGGGUUUAUAUGCAUCAGCUCCUCUUACUUAUAAUUAUAACAUAGCAAGAUGGAUAUAGCUCUCUUUUUAUUUUAGAUUAGAAAAUACUUGUUUUUAUAUUGCUAAUCCAUCAACACUCAUCUGUCUUACACAACAAUUUAGCUUCUGUCAGUCAGAUGUUCUUUAUUUAUCAUACAACACUUCACUUGAAUCUUUUAUACAUACAGUAUGUUAUGAAAUAUUUCUCUGAAGUCAUUGAACUUAAUGCUGUUUUUAUGGAUGUAUAAAUUGUAUAUAUACUUGUCAUAUGUUAAUAACACUGAGGAGAGUCCAUGUGAUUGAUUGUUUGUUAUGUAUCUCGCUGCAGUGUUAUAAUAUAAUUUAAGCAGCAGGGUUUCAGUGGUAUAUGGUAAUGUAACGUCUUACUCUAACGAUUAUCAGGAUGACUAGUUAGCCUAGUGUGUUUUUUAGUCGACUGUGUGUCUCGUUGUGCCUGAUGAAACAUCUUCAUGCUGUCUCUCCUUUAUUAACUUGUGAAACACUCGCCCUUAAAUGAUGACAAUAACAGUCAUGUCUUCUUACUCAGCCUGUUUUAAUAAUGCUAAUAAAUGAUGUCUACACUACACCUAA